AUGGGACAAUGGUGGAGUGUUUUUUCCUUUGAUUCUCUUAUUUGCGUUUUAGCGUCUGGUUUAUUACAAACCUUAGCAGUGCGUUUUUUGCCUGCGAAAUACAUGUGCUUUUCCUCUACCAUUGGUUGGAGUUUUACAUGUUUCUGCUUAAAGGUGAGUCUGGGAAAACUCAUGGGGACUGUUCUUUUCCUACACGCCCUGGUUGCCGCUCUCCUGUUUAACUUCUAUGGUAGUUCCAUUGCCGUUCUCAACCGAACACUUCUGUACCCGGCGGCUGGGAGUCUUGUGAUGCUUUUCUAUCCCUUUCGCCUGCCGGUGCUGUCGGUGGGGGCGGCGGUGUUGGUGGGUCUUCUGCAGUUGUGGUCCGCCGUCAGCGGCCUUCUCAUGCUGCUCGUCUACCCGGCGACGAUUCUCUCGCAGCUCGAGCCCGCACACAUGCGGGGGAGUUGGUUGGAGGAACUCCGCCGGCAAGCGGUGGAUCGACUGGUGGAGCGGCUGGAGGUGCCAUCACGCAACGGCGUUGUUCUCGACGUGGUGCUGCUCCGCCGGCGGGUGCCCACCGAACGGUGGGUGUUUUAUAUCGGUGGAAAUGCGGAGAUAAUGAAAGACUGCGCAGCAGAUAUCUUCACAGAAGGUAAUGAUAUGGUGUGUGCGAAUUGGAUAUUCUUCAACCCACGUGGAGUAGGGGAGAGCACAGGAUACGUCGCAUGUGUGGAGGAUCUCGUCGUGGAUGCCUUCGCCGUCGUGCAGUACACCAGUCAACAGUACAAGAUAGAUCCAUCCAAAUUGCUUUUGUGGGGACAUAGUAUUGGUGGUGGUGUGGCGGCCGCUUUAGCAUCACGGUAUCAUUGUAUUUCUCCUAUUCUGCUGGAUCGUACCUUCUCAAGUCUCAGUGAUGCCGCCGUGAGGUUCACUUGCCUCCCACCGACUCUCACACGAAAGUUGAUUCAAUAUACCGUAGGAGACCUUAAUGUGGUAGGGUCUUGUAUGCAGCUGAAGAACAAGAAAUUGGUGAUUUAUCACCGUAGAGAUGAGGUGAUUUCAUAUAGUGUAGCCUCACUGGGGCGGACUGAAGUAGUAAAAAAAUUUAUUUUGAUGAAUGACGCCGUAGUGGAGCUAAAUGGUAUGUAUGCGCGAUCACCACAUAACACAUCAUUGGGGGGUUUUCAGGAAAGGGAUCUCUUGCGUUCUCGCAUCUCUUUUCUCUUUGAAUAA